AUGGCUCUGUUUGGUGGCGCCAGCCAGGGUGCUGGGCGCACUGCGCUGUGCAACGGCGACUUUGUGUCGCUGUUUGUGGAGGAGCUCAAGGGCUUCGCCAGCGUGGACAUUCUGUCGACGCGCGAGGUCACCGUGUACCAGGGCGACACGGACUCCGCGUUUGAUGGCAGCACAAGCACCAAGUCAUCCUCGGAGACCGCGACCGCGCCCAACUUUGAGCAGUCGUGCGUCUUCCAGAUCAAGGCGGUCACCGAUCUGCCGGAGGGCGCCAGCCUCAAGUACGGUGAUGUCGUGCGCAUCAUCCACCGCAGCACCCAGCGCAGCAUGACGCGCCAGAACCGCGCCGUCAACGGCAAGCACGCCGUGGCGCUGGAGAACACGGACCGUGCCGCCGCGCACUUCCGCCUCCUCCCGCGCUUCAAGAUCCGCUCCGUCGGCGAGCCCGUGCUGCUCAACGACCAGGUCAUCUUCCAGAACGAGGUGGUCAUCGAGGGCAACCGCACGUACCUGAUGACGGACCGGCCAGAGGACUCGCCCAAGGUCCUCAUGGAGUGCGGCUCAAGCAAGACCACGGGCAUCCGCGUGCGCCUGUUUGCGGCCUACAACGUCUCCAGCAAGGCCUUUGUCCACGUCCUCAAGGGCGGCGACUUUGUGCGCCUGUUCCACCACGAGGCCAACGGGUUCCUUGUCGUUGCGCGCCACAUUGGCACGGGCGAUGCGCACGACUUCCUCGGCCGCGACAACACCGUGUGCCUGCGCACCUUGGCCGUCGGCCGCAGCCCGGACGAGUACCACGACGCAAGCUCCAUCUGGCAGGUGGAGCUCGAGGACACCCAGCGCCGCGGCGGCAGGCCCGUGCUGUGGACGGACCGCGUGCGCCUGAAGAACGUCCUCACCAACGAGUUCCUGGAUGUGCGCACCACGUCGUCCACGGGGGCCAUGGCGCCCACGGCAGACAAGGGCAGCUCCAACCUCUUCUCCUUUGUGCAGUCGACGCACUCCGCGCAGGAGGGCGACGCGCCCGCCACGGCGCUGCUGUCGCGCCAGGAGGACCUGCGCAUCCCCUACCACACGUUCUUCUUCCUGCGCGGCAGCGGCAACCCGGAGGUGACGGACCAGUUCCUGCACGUGGACUCGGAGCACUACGCCGUGGAGGAGGACGAGGAAGGCGACGACACCGGGCAGAGCAGCACGUUUGCGCAGACGGUGCUCAUUGCCACGCACGACGAGGACGCCUUCUCGCUGCAGUCCGUGCACCAGCAGGACAUUCGCGACUUCUACUACGCGCUCGGCCACGUCAAGGUGCUCACGCGCCUGGCAGCAGACGACGUGCUGACAGACGUCACCAACCCCGUGCACGCGGACCUGUACAAGCGCGCGCGCCGCAGCAUCCACGCGCUCAUCCAGUUCUGCUCGGAGGACAAGAUUGAGGAUGAUGAGGACGUGGUGGGCCGCGCCAACACCCUGCACCAGAACAUCCUCUUUGACCUGCAGGUGCAGGUGCCGCUCAUGAAGGUGGUCAGCCUUCCCUUCCACGGCGCACACUGCGCAGAGUGGGGCAAGGGGUGGCGGGAGCGCCUGACACAGACACAGUACCGCCACUACAACAAGCUCGCCCGCGACGUGUACCGCCUCAUCAGCUACCUGUGCCGGGAGAACGUGCACAUUGGGCUCAUGUUUGCCAACGCGCACCUGACGGCCAUGAUCAACCAGUGCCGGCUGAUUGGCUACCUGGACGGCAUCAACUGGGACAUUGCCGACGCCAUUGACGAGAUGUUUAAGGACAACACCAUCCUGCUCAACCGCGUCACGAAGCAGUCGAUUGAGACAUACCUCUCCCUCAUCCACGAGGCGCACACCACCACCGCUCUCGAGCAGUACCUGCGCCUCCUCGCCGCCCUGUGCUCUGUCGACGGUGAGGCCAUCACCUCCACCCAAGCCAGCAUCCGCGACCUCAUGCUUGUUCCUGGCGCGCCGUCAGCGGACGUUCUGCCCUCCAUCGCCAACGGUCCCAGCGGCAUGCGCAUCACCGCGCGUGUGCUCACCCCUGGCAAGCCCUUCCGCGCAUGGAGCACCGUGACCCUCCCCUUACAGGAGUACCUGAAGGACCACGACAACCUCGAGUACUUUGACGCCACGCUGGAGCUGUUUGCCCAGCUGUGCCUGGAGGGCAACUGCCAGGGCGAGCUGCGCGCGGCGGCCCGCACGCCCUUCCCCAUGAUCAUGGGCGCCCUCAAGUCGCAGCUGCCGCCGCACGUCAAGGCGCGCUUCUGCACGCUCCUCGUCAACCUGUACAUCGACGGCGACGACCUGCCGGACGUGGACCACUCCAACCGGCGCUGGCAGGACCUGGCCAACCACAAGUCGCACGCAAAGCUCAAGACUGCGGCGGUGCAGCUGUUUGACGUGGACGAGGUGGUGAACUGGGUGGAGGCGUACCUGUCGCAGAACGGCCUGCUCACCUACAACCACGAGUACCACAGCGCAGCCAACAGCAAGAAGCCCGAGAUGAUCGCCCUCAAGCAGGACGAGCUGCACCGCAACAUGCUCACGGAGCAGGUGGUGCACGUUGCGCUUGCCCUGGUGAACAAGGGCCUGUACUGGGACGCCGGCAGCAGGAAGCGGCUGGUGCGGCUGCUGCUCACGCUGCUCGUGCGUACGCACCCGGGCGAGAACGAUGACCUGAGCGCAACAUCGUCGCUGGACGUGGUCAUGCAGGCCAAGACGCUGGUGUGCCGCGCCCUCGGCGCGUGCAUGGACGCGAACCUGGACGAGGUGGUGACGGAGCUGCUCACGGCGUUCAAGAAGGAGUAUUUGGCGCACAAGCACAAGCACAUUGAGGCGCACGCGGACGACCGUGCCCUGCACGAGGUCAGCCUCAUCCAGCACAACGGCGAUCACCGCCACUUCUUCGAGACGGACGGCCUGUCGCAGCAGCAGAUUGUGCACCUGCUGCUGGCGCUGACAACCUACCCGAGCGACGGGCUGCGGGUCGCGGCGCUCAAUCUCCUGCUGCGCUGCUUCAACGUCAAGGGCUCCGUGCUGGCCCGCCUGUCGGAUGUCGUCGUCAUUGCAGACAGCAAGGACGAGGCUGCCCUGGAGAAGCUGGAGCAGCUGCUGCUGACGCUCAAGCACGAGGACCAUGACGACCUGCACACUGCGGCCGCGCACAUGACUGAAGAGAUUGAGUGGAUGUGCUCGCAGUGCAUCACCGUCAACGGCACGCUGGCAGCCGACCUGCUGGCCCCCGGGGACAGCAGCAGCAGCAGCAGUAAGGCGGGGAGGAGGAAGCGGAAGGGCGUGAGUGGCCCACGUCUGCCGUGGCGCAAGCCCGGUGUGAGUAUUGAGCCGCACCAUGCGCACCAGGAGAUGAUGCGCAACGCCAACGCGCACAAGGCCGUACUGCACAUCCUUCACCACCACCUCUCUGGCGCCGACCUCAAGACGGCGCUCAAGGACGACCGAGCGCGGGAUCUGUUUGCCGCGUGUUUUGAAUUCCUCGCCUUCUUCUGCCUGCACAACAAGCACAACCAGGAGCUGCUUGGGCACGCGCACGACAUCUCGUUCUUCGUGCACGCGUGCUCGUACGGCAUCCACGCAGAGAAGGUGCUGCACCGUAUUCUGGAGGGCGAGCCCGACCUGGUGCAGGAGCACGUGGUGGACGAAGGCAAGGUGGACCGCCUCAUUGCAGACCUGAUCAAGGAGCCGCGCUGUCGCAACGUCGACUUCCUCAAGCUGAUGGAGGUGAUUGUUGCGCCCACGGGCACGCCCUCGCGGGAGCUACAGGACCUGGUGGGCGAACAUUUCCUGCAGGCAGAGGAGAAGAGCCAUCUCUUUGAGCACGAGCUUGGUUCCUCCCACUUCAUCUCGUUCAUCGUGUCCACCUACACCAAGACCGGUGGUCGUGGUGAUGACGAAGAUGAUAAUGGCACCAGCGCACAGCCGCUCUCCGCCCGCGAGCAUGAUCUCCGCGAUUUCUUUGAGCAGCUGCUGUCAUUCUAUGCGGUGACAGCGCACGGGAACCAGGGCACCGCAGCCCAUGUUGCCAAGCACGUGCCGCUCGCUGAACUUGCACAGCCCUUCAUUGACGGCGUCACACUCCCAACCGCCACAAAGUCUCGCCUGCUGACGCUGAUCCGAGAUGUGUACCUGCUGCACGGCACGGACGAGGAUGGCGAUGGUGUUGUCGACGAUGUUGAUGCUGAGGAUUUUGGAUUCGUGUCUGCCGCAGCCAAGCAGGAGACGUGCGUGAGACUCUGUGGACCCCUGGCCAACGAGCUGCGGGCCAUCGACAAGGGGUGGAAGCACAAGCCAAGCAAGGUCCGGGCAGCGCUCGACCGGUAUGCGUUUAUGACGCUGCUGCCGCUCGCUGCUGACCUGCUGCGCAUCUUCGUGGAAGAGCACGGCAGCGUGCCGGCGGAGAGGCUUGAGGAAGAGGCUGUGUCGCUUGUUGCGGAGUGCGUGCGCUUCCUGAAGCACCGGCGAACGGUCACGUUUGAGAGCCCGCACUACCUGAUGGACCACGAGUACCGCGUGCUGGGUGGACAUGUCACUGGCGAGCUGCUCAAGAGCACGCUGCUGGCACAGCAGGACGCGCUGCUGGUGAAUGUGCAGACGGAGCACACGUGGUACGACGAGACGGAGGCGAAGGAGGCGCGAACGGCAGCAGCACGCUCCACCGCGCUCAGCAUGGGCAGCAAGCACGGGUCGAGCAAGCGGCACGCGUUCUCAAUCGACUCGUUUGCAGCCACGCACAGCAAGCGCGGCGGUGGCGGGCACACCCGCGGCGGUGGCAAGGCGCCACGCAAGGUGAUGCCUGUGGAGAAGGUGAAGACAGAAGGCGAGCGCAUCCAAGAGGAGCUGCCGUUCUUCGUUGAUCAAGUGCGAGAGACAUUCAACCACGGCUUCUCGCAGCCGCACCUGCCGUGGAUGUCGUUUCUCUCCACGGAGUACAACUUCCAGCCGUUCUGGGCGCUGGUGGGUAUUCUGCAGGCCGACUUGCUGGAGGACAGGCUGCACGAGGAAGAGAAGGAGGCCGAGGAGGCGGCACAGGGCGGCAUGCUGGGUGCUGAUGGCGAGCGCAGUGGCGUGCAGUCGCGACAAGGCAGUCGACCAGAGCUACAGCGCACCACGACAGCAGCAGCUGCUGCGCGGUCGGGGACAUUCCGGAGCCUGCGCAAUCGCCGCCGGUCGCGUGUGCACGGGGAGUCGAUGCAGAUGAACCCGAUCAACCUGGUGGACGUCAACGUCGACAUCAACAUCCGCACGUGCCUGGAGAAUGUGAUGACGCACUUCGAGGAAGCUGGCGAUCACGAGCACCACCAUCACGAGUUUGAGGAAGAGGACGAGGAAGAGGCAAUUGUGGGCUUCCUCGCAGCCAUGUCGUGUGCGCUGACGUGUGUCGUUGAUCCCAAGACGGGUCGCGUGUACCAGGAGCUUGACGAUGAGGACAACGAGGAAGCCAAAGCAGCCCACGAGGCUGCCAUUGCCACCGUUGGGCGCUCCCUCAACAGCCUUGGUCUCCCCGACAUGGUUUUGUUCCUGCUCAGCUCCAACCACAGGUGCACGGUGCUCAUGGCGGCGCAGCUUGGCUGGCUCAUGCUGGAUGCCACGCCGCACGUGUUUGAGGCAAAGGCCGCGGCUGCGCUGAUGGAGAGCAGCAUUGAGGGCGGCAGCACGCUCGCCCGCCGGCAGCACCAGCAGCAGCAGGAGCGGCUGCUGUCGCAGUGGGCGUUCCACGAUGCGUUUGAGAGCGGACCAAUGGGCCGGCGCGCCCUUGCCGCCAUCCAGCGCCAUCUGCAGCACAUGCAGGAGCUGCUGUUCAAGCGGGAGCACGAGGACCCGCUUGACCGGCUGCGUCGCGACCAGGACGUGGAGAACCUCGACGUCGCCAUUGUGCACGAGCCGAUUCUGCUGUUCCUGCGCUAUCUGAACGCGUCGGACGACAGCGAGGACAUUCCAGACAAGGAUGUGUUCCACUCGCUCACGCUGUAUGUGCUUGAGGCGGCUGCAUCCCUGAGCAUCUGGUGCGAGUCGUACGGCGUGGUGGACAACGGGCACGGCGACUGGGUGCAGCAGGACGGCUACGAUGUGGAUGUGGACACAGAGCACAUGCAUGCGCUCGUGAAGAGCUUUGACCUGUGCAACGCGCUGGAUGUGAUUGACGAGUGCUGCGAGGCAUCCAUCCUCUUCCUCCUGCUCGGCGUGCUCGAGGGCCGGCGGGAGGGCGACGUGGUGCUGGACAUGCUGUGCGCUGCGUUGUUCCCGGAGCCGUACCUCACCCGCGACGCGCACUUCACCCAGAGCGCGUUCUUCCGCCUCCUUGACGGGCACUCUGCUGCCGCGGAGAGCGACGCCAACAUGCACGUGCGAGAGGCGGCCCUGCAGCGCGUGGCUGCGUCACCACACACGGCGCACUUCUUCGACCACGACGUUGCGCUGCUGUACUACACGGUGCUGCGGAUUCUUGGCGAGCAGGCCGAGAACUACUGCAUUCGCGUGACGCACUUGCUCAACACGUGGGAGCAGCACUCCCCGCACAGCCACAACGCGCGCGACAGCGUUGGCCGGAUUGAGUUGUUGCGUGAUGGCGAGCUGCAGCCCGUGUACUUCCAGGUGCCCGCUGUUGUGCACGACACGAAGGACAAGCUGCAGGUGCGACAGCUGCGCACGCAGAUGAUCAAUGGCACGGUGCUGGAGAACCCGGAGCAGAAGAUGCAGUCGUUCUUUGGCAGCGUCGACUUUCUCAUGAACGUGAUGAACUUUGAGGCGCGCGUGGCCCGCAUGGGGGUGUCGUAUGUGCUUGGCCACCAGCGGUUUCUGCUGCCAUUGGCGUUUAUCCUCGCCGCCAUCAUCAACAUCUGGGUCAUCUUUGACCUGGGCGACGAUGGGUUCCCGCACAGCGUUGUGCGGGUGCUGGCGAUUGCGCAUGCUGUUGUCAGCAUGCUGAUUCUGCUUGGGCAGUCGCUGUCCCCGCUGUACGUUGACUGGCAGCGGUGGCAGGAGGCGGCAGAGGGGCGCUCGCUCCUUGGAAAGGCGCUGGCCUUCCCGCUGUUCUGGAGCCUGCAGGCAUCGUACCCGUACUACGUGGUGUACCUUGCCAUGAGCGUUGCCGGCAUCUUCCAGUUCAAGCUGUUCUGCUUCCACCUGUUUGACCUGGUGCUGCGGGUGGAGGUGAUGAACCUCGUGCUACGCGCCGUCAAGCAGAACGUCUCCAAACUCCUGGGCACCUUCCUGCUCACCUUCUUCAUCAUCUACGCGUUUAUGCUUGUGGGCCGCGAUGCGUUUGGUGGCACGUACGACUUUGCGGACGCCCCGGCCACGUGUGCGCCGGGCACGCCACUGGUGCAGUGCCUGCGCGACCAUCUGUACUACGGCUUCUACUCGUCGCCCGUGUUUGCGCCCGCGGAUGCGGAUGUGGGCCUGUUUGUGUACUCGCUGCUGUACUUUAUGGUGGUGGUGCUGGUGAUGGCUGCGAUUGUUUCCGGUAUCAUCAUUGACUCGUUUGGCGAGUACCGUGCCGAGACGGAGGCCAUCGCUGCGGAGAAGGAGAGCCGGUGCUUUGUGUGCAACUUCAGCCACGACCGCAUCCAGGCUGCACACAAGGGCGGCUUUGAGGCGCAUAUUGCGAGCGACCACAACGUGUGGAACUACAUCUGGUUCCUUAUGCGCGUGCUGGAGAAGCGAGAGGAGCACAAGCCGCUGACGGGCGUGGAGAUUGAGGCUGUGCGGCACUGGGACACGAGCAAGGACCUGACGGCAAUGAUGCCCGUGAACCGCGCGCUGUGCUUGGAGGCGGCGAGCGAGGACGUCACCCUGGACCAAGUCCUGGACGUGGUGAAACAAGUGGCCAUAACAGCCGAGCGGUCUCUGCAGCUUCUCCUUGCAUCUGCGGCUGUUCCCGCCUCCUCCUGAAAGAGCUCAGCAGCGGGCGCAUUUGCCCGUGCGUGCAUGUGUGUUUGCGUGUGUGUUUGUAUGAGUUGGAUUGUGUGUGUGUGUGUGUGUGUGUGUGUGUGUGUGUGUGUUUG